AUGCGUUGUGGCUGGUUCUUCUCUAUCCUUGCAGCCGCAGCUGUCCUUGCAGCUGAGCCACCUAAAACCCUCGGAAUAGAGACGACGUUUACACCAGAGGAGUGUGUUGUCAAAGCAGCCAAGGGUGACAAGAUCGAGGUUCACUACACAGGCACCCUUUUCUCGACAGGCGCGAAAUUUGACUCAAGCUUGGACCGUGGCAGCCCUCUUCCGCUAACACUUGGUGUUGGUCAAGUCAUCAAGGGAUGGGACGAGGGACUUAUUGGAAUGUGUGCUGGCGAGAAGCGGACGCUUACCAUUCCUUCGGACAUGGCAUACGGCUCUCGAGGCUUCGGAAAUAUCAUUCCUGCCCAUUCUGCCCUUGUAUUCACGGUUGAACUCGUCAGCCUUGACAGCAAGAUCAGCCACGAGGAGCUUCUUGACCUAAGCUACUGCUCAUGUCUUCCUCUGUUACGGUCACGAGCAAUGACGAUUAUCUCCCGCCUUCCACUCCCUUCUCAGCCAUUGCUUAUACAUAGACUGACUCCAGACCCUCGAACACCAUCUACCAAAGCAUUUCUCCAACUUCUACGCACCACUCCCAGCAUCCAAAGACGAGCGAGAUUGCUCGCAUCUGCGGCUCAUUUCUCAUUUGUCACCCCAUUUCCUGUCGAGUUUCCGUAUCAGAUAGAGCCGCUACCAGACACAGACACAGCGUCGCACAUUGAAGAGUGGCUAACAACGCGGGAGGCGCUCUCAUGUGUCGAACAAACGCCACUAUCCAAGUACACCCGCGAAAACCCAGCCCGAACAGUGCUUCUAGGCAUCGCAGAGACUACUCUUCGCGACUGCCUUCCACAUCUCGAUGUCGGCGACGCUUUCGCUGUCAUAGGAUCUCCUUCUUUGGUUCCCAAAGCCGAGCUGGAUGACACAGCAGCAGUUAACACAGCUCGUGAUGAUCUAGUCGACGUCCUCAGUGGCCAGGCAGUUUUAAUGUCCGAGGACUUGAACUUUGCGCCCUGGUCUAUGCGGUACAGUGGCCACCAAUUUGGGACUUUUGCCGGUCAGCUGGGUGAUGGCAGGGCAACCACAGUCUUGGUCACUGCUCCGCCAGACCAUCCCCAUGUCUCUUUUGAGCUGCAGCUCAAAGGCCAAGGUCGCACCCCCUUCUCGCGCUCGGCUGAUGGACUGGCCGUUAUCCGGUCGUCCAUUCGCGAGUAUCUAUGCUCAGAAGCGAUGCAUGCUCUGGGAAUACUGACCACUCGUGCUCUUGCUCUUAUCUCUCUCCCAGAUCUUUCCGUGAUUCGUGAAACCAAGGAGAGCGCAUGCGUUGUUACUCGAGUUGCCCCCUCGUUCUUGCGCAUAGGCUCAUUUGAAGCAUUCAAUCCACCUCAAAAUGUAUUUCUCUUCGGUGGUGGGCAGCAAUCGCCUCACUGGGAGGCACUCAGAAUACUUGGAGAGUGGGUUGCUGGACCCAUUUUACAUCUCCCUGAGAUGGACGCGUUGGUCGGGAAACCUUGGGCAAAAGCGCUGCUUUUGGAGGUAGCUAGGCGCAACGCUCGCAUGGUAGCAAGCUGGCAAGCUUAUGGAUUUAUGCAUGGAGUGAUCAAUACCGACAAUGUUUCUGUCUUGGGGCUCACUAUUGACUACGGCCCAUUCGCUUUCAUGGACGUUUUCGACUGGCAUCAUAUCUGCAAUCACACUGAUGAGGAAGGACGAUAUGCCUAUCGAGCCCAGCCAACUUCACUCAUAUACGCCUUACGCGCUUUGAACACGGCUCUUGCGCCACUCAUUGGAGCUGAAAGCGAGAGCGGUAGCCCCAUUGCUGUUGGAUGGGCUGAUGGCGUUGACGAGGAACAACUGAAAGCGUGGAAAAAAGUUGGAGAACAAGUGAAAGACGAAAUGGAAACGGUCGCACAGACUGAGAUGGCCGAAGAGUAUGGCAGGCUGAUGAGGAAGCGUCUUGCUCUGCGCCGCGUGGAACAAGCAGACGAGGCAACACUGGUCCGCCCUCUACUCGAUCUUAUGGCAAAACAUAAGCUGGACUUCCACGCAACCUUUCGGGCCCUUGCAGCCUUUCGUCCCUCUAUAAUUUCUGUUCCCUCUUCAAGGAUAGAUGGUAUCAACCCUAGUCUCGACGCAUUCGUUAAUCUUCUUCUCGAACAAGUACCAAAUCCUACUGGACUUGAACGUGCGCAGGCAUAUCGAGAUGUAGCAGCAUGGCUCCAAUUAUAUGGUCAACGAAUCGAAAGGGAAACGGAUGCUUGGGGCAGAGAAAUCGAUGCAGAACGACUCCAAGCCGCACGUGCUGCGAAUCCGCGCUUUGUUUUAAGGCAGUGGGUAUUGCAAGAAGUUAUCAAGAAAGUCGAAGACGACCCAAUCCGUGGUCGCCGAAUCCUUGCCAAAGUUUUCCAGAUGGCCACAAAUCCGUUCAAACCUUGGGGCGAAGAAGAUGGCGGUGAUGCUGAACUAAGCGACGAAGAGCGUGAGGAACGACGUCUGUGCGAGUUCGGUGCCAAGGACAUGUUGGGCUUCCAGUGUAGUUGUUCGAGCUGA